GAGAAAAGGUAGCAACUGCUUGAGUCUCUGCUUCGAUGCCGCCUCGAGUCCGACCCACGGUGAGGCCCAAUUCUGAGCAGAGCGUGCGGGAGUCGAGGUUGCCACUCGCCACGAACUCUUCGAAGAAGAAUUUUUCCAAUACAUCCAACUCGUCCAUCUCGAGGAAAGCGUCCACCCCCGUCAUUGCGCCUUUGCUCGUCGCGUCGGACCGGAGGAGAGUUCAAGCGUCUGACCGACGGUCGCUUGCGAGUCGGAAGAUUUCGUCAAUAGCUCAAGAUGUCGACAAUCUCAAGCGACGAUCGCUGAACGCUCUCACGGACGGACUCAUCCAGCUCAAGAACACCCUGGCUGCGACCGGCCCAACCAAGAUGGAAGUGGAGGUGCCGACCGGGCCGUCGUUUAAGCUUCCUCAGCCAUCCCCGUGCCUUCCCUCGCCCCCUCGUCGUACUUUCCUCGCCAAGCUUGGUUUGGCCUACGAAGAACUUGAAAAGAGGGCGUCGCCCACAGUGCUCCUGGGCUGCGAAGCCAUGCAACUCGUGUACACAGGGUUCACAGUCCCGUUUCGCAUUGGAUUCAUGUACAACCCAUACUUCACGUCGAUGCCGUCGCCAAGACCAGAGUUUCCCGAGGUCGUCAUGUACGUGCUGUUGGCGCUAGACAUCCUCUUCGACUUAAUCGCGCUCGUGGCGGCGCUUCGGAUUCUCAAAACUCCAGGAGCUGUCAACGCAGUCGUGCCCAUCGAUCAGUCGGAGCCAAGUUUCAGCGUCAAGGCGUCGCAUCACCGCAACUCGGAGUUCCAGCAGUCACUAGUCAAGUUUGCAAUCACGAGGCAGCAAACGAUGCGUCGGAACUCGGCGUUCCUGGCCAAGGAAACGUCGAUGAAGCCCCAAUUCUUGCUCAGCUCAACAUGGGACAAGCAAAAGGGCCUUCGGAGGUACCAAAUCAUCGCCGAGUGGCUUGCGCUCCUUCCAUUCGACUUGGUGUUCAUCGGCCAGCCCAACGCGAUGAUCCUAUGCCGCAUCCCCAAGCUCCUGCGCAUGUACAAAGUCCCAGAAAUCGCCCGACUCGUCAAACAAGCGUUCGCCGAACACGAACUCCUCUCUGGGUUUCACAAUGUCGGGAUGUCCCUGCUAGCUGGCGUCCUCUUGCUCAGUUUGGCUCUCAUCCACUGGGCCACGUGCCUCUUCCUGCUCGUGGCCCACUUGGAGUGCGGAUUCUACUUGGACCAAACAGUCAGCGGGCAAACUUGCUGGGCAAACCAAGUUCAGCUGCAAGGGGCGUCGCUUAUUCGAACGUACACGUACUCGCUGGUCGUGGUUGGGUUUGGGUUUCCUGUGCCUCAGACAAAUCUGGAGCGAGCGAUCGGGAUCGGAAUCCAGUUCAUGCGGUUCUGCAUCGCAGGAGCCGUCAUCGGCGCGUAUGUGUUUUUAUUUGAGUGCCAGAACCGUCGCGAAAACGACUUCCACGACCAAGUGGACGGGGUCAAAGAGUACUUGACUGCUCGACGUCUUCCCAAGCUGCUUCAAACCAAAGUCCUUGCCUUUUACGAACAUUUUUGGUCCGCCCAGCGUGGGAUUGACGAAGACUCGAUGAUUGCCGCGCUCCCCACGCAUAUUCAAACGCAAUGCUUGGACCACUUACGUGCCAAGCUGCUUAAAACCGUUCCGAUCUUUCGGUCUCUCCCCAUACAAGCCGUCAACCGGCUCAUGAUGUGCAUGAAGCGGCAGUGCUAUGGCCGUGGCGACUGGAUCAUUCGGUUGGAAACGUGCAAACACAUCUACUUUAUUUGCCGCGGUCGAAUUGCUGUGCUCGACGCUCAUGGCGCCGUCACGAAAAACAUUGUGGAUGGCCAGUACUUUGGGCUGUCCAUGAUGGACUCGACCUGCACCGACGUGAUAUCGGCACGGGCCGAGACGAUCUGCGAUCUAUACAUCGUCGACAAGCCUUCCAUCGAGCGUGUGUACCAGGCUUGUGCUGGUCAGAUGACCGAGGUCAAAUGGGACGACCUCGUGGCCGAGGCCACGCGAAUCGCGCGAAAACCGAUCCGGGCCAACUCGAAGCUCGGUCUCGGGACUAAAUUCGCCGACGGUACGGCGAGCGCGCUACGAUGGUCGCACCCCGAGUCUCGGUUUCGACAGCACUGGGAUCAGUGCAUGGUGAUUGGGUUAAUCAUAUGCGCCGUCGACAUCCCGCUCCACAUUUGCUUCGACUCGACGUCGUCGUUGGCGGCAUGGUCGUGCCGACUGGCGCUUGAGGUGUUCCUGCUCGCUGAUCUGGUGCUGCGAAGUCGACGGUUCGCGUACUUUGAAAACGGGACGCUCAUUUCAGACCCGUGGUUCAUCUGGCAGCAAUACAAACAGCACGGGUUCUUCCUCGACGCUCUAUCGAUCGUGCCGUUCACGAUCGUGGCCGACAGCCUCGCGACGUUUGUCCACGCCGACUCGAUCUUCCUCAUCGUCAUGCGCUUGUGCGAAUGGAUUCGCCUCCUCCGAAUCCGCCGGUUGCUUCCGACCCUGGCCGCGAUCCUCAAGCACAACCAUGUCAAGGAUACAACCACCAUCAUCGUCAACAUGAUGAUCUGCGUCCCGUUUGCAUGCCACGUCGGUGGAUGCAUUUGGUACUGGAUCGCAGCCACCCAUCACGACGUCCACGGAACGAGCGCCGCCGAAAUUCCUGCAGAUCACGGGAGCCUGUCGUUCACGACGUGUCUCGAAUGGGCACGCAAUGACCAGAACUGCACGUGGCUCGACUACGAUCACGAUCACUACGGGCACCCGUCCGACUACGUCCGCGCGUUCUACUGGAGCGUCGUGUCUCUCGUGACCGUCCAAUUUGGAUCUGUCUUUCCCUUUACGGACGCCGAGUGCAUCUACAUGUUUUUGUUUUUAUACCUGAGCAUCGUGGUCAACUUUGGUGCGGUGGGGGCCCUCGUGAACGCCGUCACACGUAUCAAUUCGGCUACGAGCAAGAAGCAGGAGCAAGUUACCAUGGCACAUCGAUUCAUGACGUCCGAAGGGGUAUCGUACCACGUCCGUCUCCACAUUAGCAACUACUACAAGACGCAUUGGUCCCAAACGUCCGAGCAGCAAGCCCUCACCGUGCUGCAGCCGCUGCCAGACAACUUGCGUCAGGAAAUCCAGUCCUUCCUGCAUGAAGCGUCCGUGGGAUACCUCACACUGUUCAAAGUCAUCGAUGCCGAAGGCUUGCGGUUCAUCUACGCCAUCAUGAAGCAUCAGUCGUACAACCGCCACGAAUUUGUCGUGCGGAACGGCGACGCGUGCGAUGACAUUUACAUCUUGACGCGAGGGGUGAUGGAGGGCCUUGUGGGGGUCAAGGACCUGUACGUGCCAUUGCAGCUCUUGCAACCAGGGAGUUGCAUUGGGGAAGCAGCGUUUGUGCUGAAGCGGCCGCACGAGGUCGGCGUUCGCGUCGUAAGCGAGUCCGUCGACGUGAGUGUGCUCAGUCGGCAGGACUUUGCGUCGAUCUCGCACAACUUUGCGCACUUGUGGAGGACGGUGGAGUCCCUGGCCCGGGGACUCGAGAAAACCCAGUCAAACACCAUCAAGACGAUGGUGCACAACCUGCAAAAGCCAAACAUUUACCGAACGCUCAAUCACUCGCCGACGCUGUAUAUCGAGCCCCGAUUCGACGACUGGCUCGUUCGGCCCGACUCGACGCUCUACCGCGUGUGGGAGUUGCUCAUGGCGGUGGUCAUGAUCUACAACUUGAUCCAAAUCCCGUUCCGCGUGGCGCUGCUCCCAGUCCCGACGGACCAUGGCAUGCUCGCGUUUUCGAUCGUCGACAUCGUCUGCGAUGCUAUUUUUCUCGUUGACAUGUACAUCAAGUUCAAUCAUUUGAUCAUCAUCGACAAGAACGGCGACGAAGUGGCGUCACUGGCCUUGAUUCGGGCCAACUACCUCCACGGGAGCGCGUUCAAAGUCGAAGCGUUGGCAAGUUUGCCUCUUUAUUAUGUCGGCAACUACCAAGCGAUGACGUUGUGCCGUUUGCCGCGACUGCUGCGGUGUCUGCAGCUGUCGAGCUACCUGCGGUCGUUUCACACGUUUGUGCAAGAGCAGACAUCGUCGGUCGCCGUGACGCAGGGGCUCGAGUUCGUCAAGCUCUUUAUGACUCUCGUCUUCGCCUCGCACUUGGCUGCGACGGGCCUGUAUUUGAUUUCGCAUGCCGAGCAUGGGUCGUCUCAUCCCAGCCCAUCCGAUUUGCCUUCCCACGAUGUGCCAAGCUGGUACAGCCAUGACUUUGUCAUUGAACAAGCUCAUGGGAGCAUUGGGGCCAUAUAUCUGCGGGCGUUCUACUGGGGCUUGGGCGUAUUGAGUUCGUUCGAUUACAUGGACAUGCACGUAUCCAAGUCUGGCGAGACGCUCUGGUUUUGCGCUGUGGCGCUGACGGGCGUAGUCUUCGUGGGGGUUAUCAUCGGGCAAGUGUGUACAGCUAUCUUUAACGCAAACAAGGAAAUCCGAGAAGUCGAGAUGCAGCUCGAGAACUUUGCAUUUUAUGCAAAGAUGAAAAGGCUGCCGGGGUUCAUGGUCCGCCGGGCCAAGCUCUUUUUUCAGUUCCAACUCGAUUGCAACAAGGGCAUGGAUGCCCACCAUAUUUUUCGCGAUCUGCCUCAGUGCCUCCGCUUGGAGCUGUUCAAAGACUUGUACGCCAAGUUGUUGACGCCAAUUCCGAUAUUCUCCACUCUAAAUGCAGCCCAGAUCAACUCGAUCGCUGAGCGCUUGCAUUCCAAGUUGUACCUGCCAGGGGACGACGUGAUCAUGGAAGGCGACGUCGGCAACACGCUUUUUAUCAUGAAGCAAGGCCUUGGGGAAAAGUACAUUCGCGCUGCCCAUCUCAUCGUUGCUCCCGUGUACGAAGGAUCGUCGUUCGGAGAAGUUUCGUUCUUCCUCGCCACGCGGCACACGUACAACGUCCGCGCCGUCAAGUGCAGUGAAAUCCUGUGCCUGACCAAGAAAGACUGGACGGAAGCGUGGUCCCACGAGGUCAGCCUCAAGUUUAAAGUCAAGAUGGCGGUCGCUGUGCAAAAAGAGAACCAACUCAUGGAGCAGAUCAUGCACGCACUCAAACAGAACUUUGGGGUGACGGGACAUGCCCCGAUCAAGCUGUCGUCAGUGCUCGGGGUGAAGAAGCGCUCGACGUUCCGUACGAAGCCGCCGUCCGUCGAGAACCGGCGCGAUUCGGUGCCCAACUACUUUGACUUUAUUCGUGAAAUGUCCCGCGCUGGACCGCGAAAGUCGCCGCACUUGUCCCAAUUUGCCCCCAAGGCACCCGUCACAAUCUGGCACGCUGGCCCGCCUCGCUUCAAGCACUGGAUGCCCCACUCGAUGUUUCGAAAUCUCUGGGACAUGGUCAUGCUCGCUGUCACGAUUUACUACAUCACGCUCGUCCCGUUUCGAGCGUGCUUUGUCGAGAUCCCCGAAUCGACGCCGUACUGGAUCACGAUGUGGUUCGCGAGCGAGUACGCGCUGGACGUGGUGACGAUAGCGGACUUUGUGCUGCGGUAUCAAGUGUUUUACGUGUUUGCCAAGGGCGACAUUCAAACGGAGGCGUUUGUCCUGAGGCAUCACUACCGCCGACAUGGCCCGUUCGCAGCUGACCUGCUCGCGCUCUUCCCCGUCGAGAUCGCCGUGGUGUUUUUACCCCACUCGAACGCGUGGAAACUUGUGUCGCUGUGCCGCCUCAACCGCGUCGCCCGCGUCGUCCACUUGCCCCACCUUACGCACUCGCUCAAGCACAUCUUGUCCCAUCGCAAGUGGUUCGUCGCGCACCGGACGUUGUUUGAGUACAUCAUCACGUUCGUCGCGCCGUUCUUCGUUGUGUGCCAUUGGAUUGCGUGCCUCUGGUUCUACAUCUCGUUCUCGCCCCAUGCCGACAUCGAUACCCCGUCCUGGCUCGUCUCGACGGGGUACCUUGGCGCCAACACUUCGAUUGUCAUCGACGACAUCCCGCUCGGAUUUUCCGAGACGAUCAAGUUCACGAGCUUGAAUGUGUACCUGGCGUCGCUGUACUAUGCCGUGUCGUCGCUCUCGUCGCAGUCGUUUGGGGACAUGUUCAGCCGGAACGCGACCGAAACAUGGCUAACCCUCGGGAUCAUUCUGUUCUCGGUCACGUUCUACGGCGUCCUCGUUGGGAUGCUCGCGGAAAUGAUGCAGGACAAGCUGCACCCCCGCGCAAGCUUUGAGCAGCACAUGGUCGACGUCAGCACAUUCUUCAACUACCGCCUCCUCCCGUUCCAGUUUUUCAUCCAAACGUCGCGGUUCAGUCGGCUCCAGUGGCAAAACCACAUGGGCCGCACGGAAGACGACUUUUUGAGCGUGCUGAGCACGACAAUCCGCGAAGACAUUGCGAUGUUCGUCAAGCAGAACGUGGUUCGGAACCUGAGUUUUCUCCACACGGCCGAGGAAGUGUUUGUCCGGGCGUUUGUGACCAAGCUCGAAACGGAGGAGUUUAUCCACGCCGAUGUCAUCUACCAGUUUGGCGAUGUCGGGCGGACCCUGUUCUUCAUUGAUGUCGGAUCGGUGUCGCUCGUGUCGGCCACGACUGGCGUCCAAACUCGUAACGCGCACGAAUUCUUUGGGGGCGUGUCGCUGUUUGAAGACGUUGGGCGCACUGUCACGGCCAUCGCCAACGUCGAAUGCACCAUGUUCCUGCUCCACUACGACGCGUUUGAGAAGCUCGUGACUCGAUUCCCAGAGUACUACGAUCGGUGCUACACCCAGUGGAGCGUGCGCGACGAAGACGCGAUUCAAAAGCUCUUUAUUCCCCCACACCGUGCAACAAAGCACGACUCGAGCACGACCAAGUUGCCAGCAUAGGCUAGUUGGACUCGAUCUAAUGCACCCGAUCGACCUCGUUGACGGACCUCCUUGGUGGAUGUGUGGUGGAGUUUG